ACCUCCUCGGCUGCACUCAGUCGCCCCUCCGAACGAAGCCGAACAUUACUCGUGUAUCUCCGCAAACCGCACCGAUCACUCACGAGCGCACCCCGAGUUCUACCGCUUCGGCUUGGGGACGACCGAAAACAGCCGGACUCAGCUCCGCUUACAAGCGAACUCCUAGGUACUUGCAGAACAGAUGUCUCGAAUGAUGGAUGCACUUGACACUUUGUCACAAGUAGCUACGGAGCUGAAGUUAUCAGAAGCAGCUACAUCGUCUCUGCUCUGUUUCGAUACCAGCUUUUUCAAUAAUCCAGCUCCGCUGCCUGCAAACCUGAGGCCCGAGGACCUGAGCGUUCACACCACGGUGCCGAGCGCAACCAGCUCCGAAAGCAUCUACUCUCAGGGAGAGCCCGCCGUGUCGGAAUUUAGCGACCAGUCUUCUUCUGAUUCACUCGGCAACUUCAACGCUGAAUUCACUAUCGCCCCCGUGGCCGACUUCUGCAAACGCGAGGGCGAGGCUUCCUACCCCGAUACCAGUAAAAGCGGGAACCGCAUCGUGUACCGAGGCAGCUUCACGACGGCGGGAGCUGGCAGCGGAGACACCGCCUGGCAGUGGCCGGCAGAACACACCGCUUCCCUGCUGACCCUGCUCAACACCAACAUCCAGAACGCCCUGAGCAUGACCCAGCAGAGCCAGCCCGAGCCGCUGCCACCUGUCUGUACCAGCCCGCUAGCCUCCCAAGCCGAGUCCGUCUCCAGCUCACACUCGCCGUGUCUCACCCCCGAGCCCGACUCUACCACCGCCUACACCACUUGCGAGAACACCUACCUGGCCGACACCAAGACCUACACGGGCGCGCCAAUGGACAUGAGUGGGUCUUGCCUGCCCAUCUUCAGUCAGCCCGAGCCCCAGCGCAACCUGCCAAUCAACGGUAACGUCAAGUACCAGUGGCCAGUCAUCCCGGACUUCCCGUUCCAACAACAGAGCCAGGUGGACAAGGCAACGCCGCCGCCUCAGUACGGGGCUGAGCAUAUGGUCCUACAGAGCGGGCCGCUCACAGACUUCGUCACCCUGACACAGAAACUCAUCAGUCAGCCCUACAGAAUGAGCCCCAGCCCCAACAAGGCGGCGUCGGACACCGUGAACAAGCCACAGGCUCGCAAAUAUCCCAACAGAAACAGCAAGACGCCCCCACACGAGCGGCCAUACGCCUGUCCCGUGGACACCUGUGACCGGCGGUUCUCCCGCUCGGACGAACUGACGCGACACAUCAGAAUCCACACGGGGCAGAAGCCCUUCCAGUGCCGCAUCUGUAUGCGCAACUUCAGUCGAUCCGACCACCUGACCACACACAUCAGAACCCACACGGGCGAAAAGCCGUUUCAGUGUGACACUUGUGGCCGGAAGUUCGCGCGUUCCGACGAGAGGAAGAGACACACCAAGAUUCACCUUCGGCAGAAGGGAAAGAAGGACUGCAAGACGCUGGCGUCUUCCUCCGACUCUCCAUCCACUGUGUCCGCCCCUCCUCACUCCAGCUUGCUAACUCUACCGGUGAGCACCGUCACGACGUCGGCCUAGACUCUUACAACAACAAACCGAAAACUUCGCUACAGACUGAAAAACUGAAAAAAAACUGCUCUCAUCUCAUCCGCGCUGUGUCUGAACUCUUGUCUCUGUGUUCCGAAGGGCUAGUUCUCCUGACCUGUAACGUCUUUUGGGUUCACGGUUCAUUUUACGUUUCCAUGUGGUAACGGUGGUACUGUUUUCUCCAGACUUGUCGGAUUGAUAACUAGAAUGACACCUGUAAGCCACAGACCUGAAGACCCGUGUUGCCAAAGAAAGACAGUCGGUAAGAAACGCAACUAUGCCAAGUUUCUCGACAAAGCUUUCGCUUGAUCUAGCUCAUUCUUUUGGUUUCUGAAUCUUGUAUUUUCUGUUGUUCUGUGAGGCACGAUUAGACUAACGGUCCGGACAGGCGCCGGGCCUUUAUAACGUUGUAAACACUGUACUAGUCGGUAUUAAGGUGUGUUGCAAACUAUGUCGUCGCUCGCCCUAGACGCAGUACUAAGUACGUUAUUGUGUAGAGAAUUACAUAGCUUCAGGUAGUGUCGAAAAGACUGGCUUUAACUAAAACUCAAGAUGAAUACUUGUAUUGCUGUGCCAUGUAUGUACGCGAGAGGGGGCGGUGUUUUCUCUGUUUUGAUACAUCGUGUAGUGUUCUAGUACGCCAGCCCUCCUCAGUGUAAGUGUGCCCGUGCAGUGAUGUUAGGUUUUCUACACUUUGUGUCAAGUCGUUUGAACGUAGACGCUCCGGAGAAGUGCUUGGAGCAGGACUUGUGGCUCCUCCGAAGCGGCGGGAGACUUUCCGCAGAUAAAUGUUUGACUAUAGUGUCAUGUAUCCACAGCUGCCAUAUUAUUUUACCCAUCUUUCAUGCGCACCAAAUGUAAGCAUGAUAUCAAAAUAGGCAUGUAUCUGAACUCAAGGGAAUUUAUUCUGAAUUACUAUAUCGACAAAAGAAAAACAAUUAAAAAGAAGACAUGUUACGGAUAUUUUCUUGA